AUGCCCGCCCAGAAGCGCCCGUCCGCGCCCUCCCCCUCCGCGGCCGCUGGCGCCGGCUCGCCCCCUCCCGCGUCCUCCCUGCCGCCGCCCGCGGCCGAGUCCGCGGAGAAGAAGCCAAAGCGGGAGGAGAAUGGCGCCGAGGCCAACGGAAACGCCAACGGUGAGCGUGCCCCCCGCGCCACCCCGCCCUCUCCGCUCGCCGACGGCGUCCUUCCUCCUAGAUCUCGGCGCGCUGAUUCCGACGCGAAGGCGGUGGCGGCGGCGGCGGAGGCGUCGGAGUCGGAGGCGGCGGACGCCGUGAACCAGGGGCACCCACGGGCAGCUCGCGGGGCGGCGGCGGCGGCCCACGGUGGCCCGAGCAGGGAAGCUCACGGGGGCAGCGGCGGGCGGGAGGCCGGGCCGGGGCGGGCGGACGCCAUGGCGGGCGGAGGAGACCGGGGGAUAGGAGUAAUACUUUUACCACAAUUGGUUAUUGGUUCCACAAUUGGUGUGUAA